CGAUAACAGCGGCAGGCUGACUCCUGGAAUUCCUAGAAAUAUUAAAUAAAUAUUUAAUUUAUACGCAUUUACAAGGAAUGAGUUUAGGCGACUGUAUAAAUAACUUUAUAUAUUUGACGGGUAGCGAGGAUUACGCCCUUAAUUUGGCAAAGCUAUGCGAACGCUUUGCCUUAAAGGAAAAGCGCGUUUUAUUGAUCACCAGUCGCCAGCAGGGUAUGGCGAAGCGUUAUCCAUGGGAUACGCAGAACUGCAGCAAAUAUCUGACCAUUUUGCAACUGGUGGACGUUGAGAGCACCCCAUUGCGUAUGCUGGAGAUGCAGAAUAAUGCCGAGUCUUUUCGGAUUCCCGAUCUGAUUGUAUUUGAUCUGCAAUCUCUGGUUUUGGAUGCCUUGUUGCGUCCUGUUAUGCAGCAAUGCUCCACGGAUAAAAUGGUACGACACAUUGCCAAAUGCUCGGCAUCCUUUGUCAAUUAUCGCGAAAUCCUGACCAAUUUGGAGCUCCAGAAGGAGGGUAAACCCAUCGAUACCAUUGUGGUCAUGUCACAGGAACCGUAUCCCAUGUCACCAGCCCAGUUUAAGCUGCUCAUCGGUUUGUAUUUCCAUGGCAACGAGUGUCACACGAAUUUCGGCAAACUCUCAGCCAGAAUUCUGGUAUCCCAGGGAUUUGCCUAGCUCAAAAGCACAGGAGUUCUUGGGACCAACACAGUGCCUUAUAGAGCUGCCCUUUGGGGUCUCCUGUUUUUGAUCGAGACCCUUUAUAUUCUCUCAACCUAACUGACAGUAAGAUGAUUUUUGGUCUCUAUACCUAAAUAGUUAUAUACUCAAGUAAUUUAAGUUAAUAAGUUAAUUAAUAUCAGUUUUUGAAGGAUAAACUAAAGGCCAGACGAAGAUAUUAGAAGGAACUCUCAAAAGUAUAUUCGAAUAUUUUGGUUAUUUAUGUAAAAACAAUUUAAAAGUUAUAUAGAAUCCUUCCCAAGAAAAAGGAAAACCAUAUGGAAUUUGUUGUUAGGCUAAAGAAUAGUCGAAUAUUUAAGUUACCCAUGGAUUAAGAAAAGUUUGUAGAAAGUUUAAAGAUUUUGCACCCUUUAUUAUAUGAAAAUAUAAUACUGCAGGAGUGCAAAUCCUUUGAAGGAACUUUAGAAAUACAAAAAGAUGGAAAAUAUUUCCCAUACAUGGCAUCCAUGCAAAAUGUUAUACAAAAAUUAAGCAAUCGAAUGCUCGAUCAAAUAUAAGACUUUAUUUUUAGGUAUACUAUUUAUUCUAAAAGGGAUUACAACUACCAAAAAAAAAAAUGCAGAUAAUAUUUAAACAUUAUAAUAUACAUACAUACAUAUAACAAAUCUCAAUUUAAGCAAAUUUGAGUAAAAUAAAAAAAAAUUUGGAAUACAGAAA